AUGGCUUAAGUUAGAUAACUACACAGAAGAGUAGCAAUUUUCGAAGCUGAAGGAGGCUCAGACAAAACUUGGAAUGGUCACAGAAAGGACACAAUUCCAAUUGUCGAAGCCUUCAAAGAAUUAGGAUGGACUGCUGAAGUCAUCUUCUUCAGAGACGAAUGGAAGGAAGCCAUCACUAAGUAUGUCAUUGAAAACUGUGAUGCCUAUAUUCCAAGAAUCAAUACAGGAAAUCUUCCAAAUGGUGAAGCUGUCUUCAAUUAAGCUUUAAGGGAAAUGUGUGCUGCUGGAGUAGUUGGUACACCACACCCAGACACUCUUAUGAAAUAUGACUCCAAAUUGAGUCUUGUAGACCUCAAUAAAACUCCACUUUCCCCAGCUGAUACAGUGGCUUAUUUCAAAUGGGAUGACUUGGUUAAGAAUUUCCCAACUUCUUUAACCAAUGGAGAAAGAGUCCUUAAAUAAAACAGAGGAUCCACCGGCGAAGGAAUCUGGAGAGUUCAAGUUGGUGAAGGAGUCCAAGUUGUCAAGGGAUAAGCUCUACCAUUAGACACCAAGAUCAAAUGCACUGAAGCAGUAGAUAACCACGUUGAACAUCACACUCUUGAAAGUUUCUUUAAAUUGUGUGAAAGAUAUUACAAAGUCGAAGAAAACUUCAUCAUUGAUAUGAGAUUCUUACCAAGAAUCAAGGAAGGUGAAGUUAGAAUCUUCUUAAUGGGAACAAAGCCAUUGUUUGUUAUUCACAAGAAGCCAGCUGAUAAGUAAGAUGCUUUUUCAGCAACACUUUUCUCUGGAGCAACAUACAAAUACGAAUCUCCAGAAGCAUGGCCAGAACUCAUCAAAUUCUUCACAUCAUGUCUUUAACAUUUGACAGAUAACCUAGGUGACGUUGAAACCAUUUUGGAUUGGACUUGUGAUUUUAUUUUAGAUACAGAUGAAAAUGGAAAAGAUAAAUAUUGGAUUAGUGAAGUCAAUGUUUCAUGCAUUGGAUUUACAAAUUAAUUAGAUAUUGGUAUAUAAUAAGAGAUGGCUAGAGAACUUGUCAGAAAGGUCUUAAAGAAAAGAUUUGGAAUCAAUGCCAUCAGAGAUUGAUUAGUAUUAAAUAAAGUUAUUAAUAUCUAAAUUUAAAUCCUUA